AUGGAUUCCGAAAAGGACGAGAGUAGAGCUGGUGCUAUCAACGAUGUUGAAUUCGGCGACAUCGAGGAAACAGCAAGGGUCGUUGAUCACCAAGCGGAGAGGCGGCUUUGUCGCAAGUUCGACGUACGAAUCUUACCCGUGCUAUCUGUCAUGUACCUCUUUAAUGCCCUGGACAAAGGAAACCUAGGCAAUGCAGAAUCUGCAGGGCUGAGCGAAGACCUGAACUUCAAGCCGAAUCAGUACAACUUGCUUGUCUCCAUAUUCUUCGUUCCCUAUGUCAUAUUUGCUCCACCUGUCGCUAUUCUUGGCAAGACUUUCGGCCCAGCUCGCGUCUUGCCCAUCCUCAUGUUUAUUUUCGGGUCUGCUACCAUACUCUCUGUGGCAGCUUCUAACUUCGGUGGUCUAUUUGCGCUGCGAUUUAUUCUGGGAAUGGCCGAGUCCGGAUUUUUCCCGUUGGUUAUCUACUACUUGACAACUUUCUACCGUAGAGGAGAGUUGGCUCGUCGACUGGCCCUUUUUUACGCCGCAUCCAACAUUGCUAACGCCUUUAGCGGAUUAUUAUCCUAUGGCGUCUUUCAUAUUCGCUCGAAGCUUUUUGUAUGGCGAUACCUCUUCCUCAUUGAAGGCGCUGCAUCGGUUCUCUUCUCGUUUUUUGCCUUCUGGUACCUUCCUCGCAGCGCUCGCGAGGCCAAAUUCCUCUGCGAGGAAGACAAGGCGCUUGCAUUUCACCGUAUUCAGGUCGAUUCGUCGUCUAUCGUGUCCGAGAAGUUCAAUCUCAAGGACUCGCUGCGGAUUUUCACAUACCCCUCAACUUACGGCUUUCUCAUGAUUGAGAUCUGCCUCGGCGUGCCGAUCCAGUCUGUUGGGCUCUUCAUGCCUCAGAUCAUCGGUCGUCUCGGGUACGAUACGGUCAAGACAAACCUAUACACAGUGGCUCCCAACAUCGGCGGCGCUGUCAUGCUGUUGAUUCUGGCUUUUAGCUCUGACUUGCUCCGUCUACGAUUCCCCUUCAUCAUGCUUGGAUUCACUCUCACUUUUAUCGGCUUCAUCAUCUACGUCUCCAUUGAAGAUGUUCAAGCUCAAAUUCAGCUUGCUUACUACGCUUGCUUUAUGAUGGUCUGGGGCACAUCUGCGCCAUCCGUCAUUCUCUCGACCUGGUACAACAACAACAUUGCGCACGAGGGUCGUCGUGUAGUUCUUACAUCGGUGGGUGUCCCGCUGGCUAAUGUGAUGGGCCUUGUCUCCAGUAACAUUUUCCGAGAGAACGAGAAGCCAAAGUACGAGACGGCAUUAAUCACUACGGCGGCGUUUGGAGCAUGCGGGUGUCUCAUUGCCGGAUGCUUGGGCACCUUUAUGAUGUUUGACAACCAUCGAAGAAACCGCAGGGACGGAGUGAAGACAACGGCUGCAGAUGUUCCGACUCAGAGGCUCCGCGAAGGACCUGAUGUUCCCGAGUUCCGUUGGUUCUUUCAAACAAUCCAAUCAAACAUGGCUUCAUCCUAUUCCCCAAGCGUUGGUGACCGGCUUGAAAGCCUGGACACGCCGUCAAUGAUCGUCGACCUUGACCUCAUGGAAGCCAACAUUAAGAAGCUCAUGGAUUCUCUUCUCCCAACAGGCCUCAAUAUUCGCCCCCACCUCAAGACAACAAAAAGCGCCAUCUUGGCUCACAAACUUAAUGCCGCAGGCGCAAAAGGCGGUUGUGUGGCCAAGCUAAGCGAGGCAGAAGCCAUGACGAGUGCUGGCUUUGACGAUCUGCUCAUCACCUGUGAGAUCAUCGGCGCACCAAAGGUCAAUCGGCUGGUUGAGCUAUACAAAAAGCAUAGAAACAUCCGGAUCGUGGUGGACAGCGAGACUGGCGCUUCGGCUAUCAACAAUGCAUUGGGGCAGGCGCCUGAAGUUGCAGACGAUCCUAUCCAUGUGUUGCUAGACUUGGACGUUGGGCUACACCGCACAGGAGCCCAGCCAGGAGAACCGGUGUUGGCCCUCGCUCGACAUGUUGGCAUGCUUAAGAACCUGCGAUUGAUUGGCAUCCAGGGUUAUGAGGGGCAUCUACAGCACUUGCACGACCGGGAAGAGCGCAAACAACAGUGUUUGGAGUCGAUGAAGACUUUGACGGAGACGGCAGACGCGUUGCGCAGGGAGGGCUUUAACAUGGAUGUUAUCACAACUGGAGGCACGGGGACGGCCGAGUUCUGCGCAACAGUGCCGGGCGUGACGGAGCUGCAGCCCGGCUCAUUCAUCUUCAUGGAUACGGAUUACAGGAACGCGAUAGGCACACGCUACUCCAACAGUCUGACGAUACUGUCGACCGUGAUCAGCAAGCAGGGAGAUCGACAAGUGACCAUCGACAGCGGGCUCAAGUCUUUGACGACGGACAGCGGACUAGCGGAAUGCCAGGAUUCAAGGUACGAGUAUGGGUGUCUAGGAGACGAACACGGCUCGUUGAAUUGGGAGGAGGGAACCCCGGAAUUGAAGAUUGGGGAUCGCGUCCACAUGAUUCCUAGCCAUAUUGAUCCCACCAUCAACCUGCAUGAUGUCUACUACGCGCAUCGCAGGGGCGUUGUUGAGGAAAUCUGGCCAGUUGAUACAAGGGGGAAGGUCCAAUAGGUAGAAGGUAUCUAGGGGCAGAAUAACAUAUCGACCCUUGAGAGCUCGAGACAGAGCAUCAAAAAUCUGUGCCGCCCCGGUAUUGAUCAUCAUUUCGCCUCG